AUGGCUUCAACUCGCCACCCUCAUUUUGUAUUGUUUCCGUUCAUGUCCAAAGGCCAUACAAUCCCGUUGCUCCACCUAGCCCAGCUUCUCUUGUCCCGCCGCGUUACGAUCACCCUUUUCACCACAAAAGCCAACCGACCAUUCAUCGCCCACUUUUUCCACCGUCACUCAGAUUCAAUCUCCAUCGUAGACCUGCCAUUUCCUAUCCAAGUUGAAGGAAUACCUCAAGGUAUAGAGAGCACCGAUAAGCUCCCUUCUAUGUCCUUCUUCACGCAAUUUGCCACUUCAACCAAGCUUAUGCAGCCACACUUUGAACAAGCACUCGAGAAAAUCCCUCAUGUGACCUGCAUCGUUUCUGAUGGGUUUCUGAGUUGGACUCUUGAAUCGGCAAAUAAGUUUGGGAUCCCUCGCCUCUCAUAUUUUGGCAUGAGCGGCUACUCCACCGCUGUAACUCAACAAGUGGCUGGAAACCGGUUGUUGUCAGGACCUGAGACCGAUGAUGAUUUAAUCGCCGUGACAGGGUUCCCAUGGAUCAAAGUCACAAGGAAUGACUUUGACGAGGUGUUUAACCAACGAAAUCCAAUGGGUCCUCAACAGGACUUCGUAAUGGAAGUUAUCAUAGCAAUGGCGAAUAGCUAUGGCCAGAUUAUGAACAGCUUUUACGAGCUAGAGCCAGAGUUUUUAGACUACUUGAAUCGCGAGUCUAAGGCCAAAGCUUGGAGUGUGGGUCCCCUUCCCUUGGCUGUGACUGAGUCGCCACCCAAUGUUGACCAGAAGCCCAAAUGGAUCAGGUGGCUAGACCAAAAGGUAGCUCAGGGAUGCUCGGUUUUAUACGUAGCAUUCGGUUCUCAAGCAGAGAUAUCAUCGAAACAGUUGAAAGCGAUAUCAAAUGGUUUGGAAGAAUCCCAAGUGAAUUUCUUGUGGGUAGUGAGGAAGUAUGAGACUCUUGUUGUUGACGAGUUACAAGAAAGAGUGGGGGAAAGAGGGAUGAUUGUAAGAGAAUGGGUUGACCAACUUGAGAUUCUGAAGCACGAGAGCGUAAAAGGGUUUGUGAGCCACUGUGGUUGGAACUCAGUGUUGGAGAGCAUAUGUUCAGAGGUGCCGAUACUAGCGUGGCCGAUGAUGGCUGAUCAACCUCUGAAUGCAAGAAUGGUGGUGGAGGAGAUUAAGAUCGGUUUACGGGUUGAGACAUGUGAUGGAUCAGUGAAAGGGUUUGUAACAUCAGAAGGGUUAAAGAAAAUGGUGAAGGAGCUCAUGGAGGGUGAAAAGGGGAAGGAUGUAAGGAAAAAGGCGAAGGAGAUUGGUGAAGCUGCAAAGGAAGCAAUGGCGGAAGGUGGGUCAUCUUGGCGGAUAUUGACCGAGCUCAUAGAUGAGUUACAGGCUGUGAGAAACUCCAAAAUAGGCGAUUUUCCUAGAUCGGAAGGAGAUGCAACCUCUGCUACGAGCAAUGCAGAGGCAUAG